AUGAGCCACGAAGCCGCCCCAGUCUUGUCCAAGACGGACGGCAGGGCUUAUGGCGCCGUCUUGUCAGAUUCUGAUAAGCCUGCGCCUCGAGUCAAGCAUCGCCAGAUAUCCAGCCCUGGCAACUACAGCAGUGACAGCGAUGGUCAGCACGACGAGGAGGAACGCCUUCUCGACGGCCAACAGCUACAGGCUGGCGUGCAAAAUAUCGAAGCCACGACAACAGUAUGGACACAGACGGCGCUGGUCGCAGCCUAUAUCAUGAUCUGGGUCAUCUACUUCGUCAACACCACCCAGCAGGGCGCCACAAGCUCCCUCACGCCCUGGGUCACCUCUGCCUUCCAGCAGCACUCGCUCACCCCGACCGUCACCCUCAUGAGCCAGAUCAUCGGCGGAGUGUUCAAGCUCACCCUCGUCAAGAUUCUCGACGUUUUUGGCAGGCCACAGGGCUACCUCCUGUCCAUCAUCUUCACCACUCUAGGCCUUGCCGUCAUGGCUGUCUGUCGAAACAUUGAGACGUACGCGGCUGCGCAGGUGUUCUACUGGGUGGGCUUCAACGGCCUCGACUACUGCCUCAGCAUAUUCAUUGCCGACACCUCGUCCCUGAAAAACCGGGGCCUCGUGUUUGCGUACUCGAGCUCGCCGUACAUCAUCACGGCGUGGCUGUCAGGGCCGAUUUCCGAGGCCUUUCUCAACGGGCCCGGCUUCCGUUGGGGCUUUGCGACCUUUGCGAUCAUCACGCCAAUCAUCACCUUGCCGCUGUAUUUCCUGUUCAUGCAGAAUUACCACAAGGCCAAGCGACAGGGCCUCAUUCCCAACAGGAAACACGACCAAGGGCCGUCGCAGGCUUUUGCCUACUACGGGCGAGAGUUCGACCUUGUUGGCGUGCUGCUGCUCUCUAUUGGGCUGGCUCUCUUCCUCUUGCCAUUCAACAUCUACUCGCGCCAGGAGCUGGGUUGGCACUCGCCCAUGAUAAUCUCAUUCCUCGUUACCGGCAUUGUGCUCCUCGCCCUGUUCGCUCUGUGGGAGUGGCGAUACGCCCCCGUCAAGUUCAUCCCCUACAGCCUCCUCAUGGACCGCACCGUCUUCGGCGCCUGCAUCCUCGCAUGUGUCAGCUUCAUCAGCUACUACAUCUGGGACUCCUACUUCAACUCGUUCUUGCAAGUCGUCAACGGCCUCUCCGUCACGCAGGCGAGCUACGUAGGGCAGGUCUACAGCGUCGGCACGUGCCUCUGGGCGCUCGUCGUCGGGCUUCUGAUCCGCAAGACGGGCCGCUUCAAGUGGCUCGCCAUGUACUUUGGCGUGCCGCUCCUCAUCGUCGGCGUCGGCCUGAUGAUCAAGUUCCGCCAGCCAAACGUCCACAUCGGGUGGCUGGUCAUGUGCCAGGUUCUCAUUGCCGUGGCUGGCGGCACUAUUGUCAUUUGCGAGCAGACGGCUGCAAUGGCGGCGGCUUCGCACCAGUUCGUGGCCGUCGUGCUCGCGGUCGAGUCGAUGUUCGCCGCGCUGGGUGCGGCCAUUGGCCUGACUGUCGCCGCCGCCAUCUGGCAAGCCGUGUUCCCCAAGAAGCUGAGGGAGUAUCUUCCCGAGUCGGAGCUCAAAAACCUGGACAAGAUCUAUGGCCGGCUCGACGUCCAGCUGUCGUACCCUUUGGGGUCGCCCGCGCGGAUUGCCAUCCAAAGGGCGUAUGGCGACGGGCAGAAGAUGAUGCUUAUGGGCGGGACAUCGGUGCUGAUAGUCGCACUCGUUGCAGUGGCGAUGUGGCGAGACAUCAAUGUCAAGAACAUCAAGCAAGUGAGAGGCAAUGUGAUAUAG